AAAAUGGCGUCUUUCGGGAGAGAAUGGAUACUCCGUGCCGCGUAUUGUUUGCCAUUUUUCGUCCUUUUUCUUCCGAAUCGAGCAGCGAGCAUCAACGUAGCUAACUGCUCUCUCAGUGGCUGCGAGAAUGGAGGCACAUGCAUGCAGAUGCCCAACUCCGACAUCUUCUCCUGUCUCUGUCUUCCUGAGUGGACAGGAGAUCUCUGCAUCGUCAAAGUCCAGGUCACAGACGGUCCAGGCUGUAGCAGCAGUCCAUGCCUGAAUGGGGGAACGUGCCAAAACUUCAUGGACCACUACUUGUGUCUGUGCGAUUUCUUCUGGAAGGGAAAACACUGCGAAACAUUCGACUUCCAAGGUUUCGAGGCCUCCCCUCCCAUUAAAACGCCGUGCAGCCUACAGGAGUAUCGCUGCGACGACGGACAUUGCGUCAUCCAGAAAUACAUCUGUGACGGCACGGGGGACUGCCCCGAUGGAAGCGACGAGAAAUAUUGCAGUUCUUCCAUGCCCAGCACGGUCUGUCAAGAGGGGCAGUUUCCCUGCAUUGAUGGGAUUUGUAUACCUAAGGACUGGCGGUGUAAUCAGGUUGAAGACUGCAGACGUGGGGAGGAUGAACACAGCUGUGGAUCUGCCGUCACAGCUAGAUCCCCAGCUGAGGACAGACUCCCUGGCACCCCCGUCCAGCCAGUGGAAUCCUCCCUCAGCCUCAUCGAUAUCCUCAUCGUGUCGUGUGCCAUGCUGAUGACGUUCAUGGCCGUCACGAUCUUCGUGUACGUGCGGCGGGUACGUCGCAUGCAGCAGCGGUACUUUGCGGCGGUUGGCCACCCGCACCAUCUCUACCACCACCACCAUCACCAUCACGGCCGCAGGCACAGACGGAGCCGGACGCGGAGGGCGGGGCGUGGCCUUGAUGGCGGCAGUUCUAGCGUGGAUGCCGUGACCACGCCCUACCGCCUCUCCCAGCAUUCCAACUUUUGCCACCACCUACCGCCCCACCGUUGCCCUGCCCGGACAAAUCUCCUGGUGUCGUACAAUCUGGCCAGCGGUGUCCACAUACCCAACCCAGCCAGCGCUUCGGACAAAGAGGAGGAAAUUGAAGACGAGGUCCCACCCACCUACAUGGAAGUUGUAGGCGCUGGCAUGACAGCAGCUGGUGUUGUCACCACUCAAGGGGAUGAAACUCCGCCCCCUGCGUAUGAGGACCUGAAUGUUGGAGAAGUCUUGUGAACAACAGAGUCCCUAAAUUAAAAAAACAAACAAACAGAACUAAGUUUGCUGGUGUUGAAAGAGAAACUCAUUUUGUAAGAAAAAAACGAAAAGCCCCAUUGGCCAAGCUUUCGAGAUGGAACUGCUGGAGGAGGUCUAAAAGAGCGCCCUCUUCAGGCUGAGAGGAAUAUCAUUUCAGUGAAAACUGGGCAAAAAAAAAAUUUGACUGGUGCCCUCUAUUGUGCCGGUGAGGACAGGAGACGAGACUACAUUUUGCAGAGCAGUUACAGAUUGGCGAGUGUAACGUGGACAGCAGGUCCAUCGCUUGCCGGUCAAAGCGCCAGCGAAGAAAUAGGUUAUUUUUGUUUUUCAGCGGUGUAGUUUGGCAGGGGGCGCGUGCAGUGGCCGUGAGGAUGCAGCUAUGAGUUGUCAAUUGGCCACAAAUCCUGCCCCUGUCACUUGCCGGAAUCACCCGAUUCAGCCGGUAAUCGUUGCAGAGCGGGUGCAGUCAAUGAUGCAAGUGGCUGGCACAGCCUGGUCCAUGCUAGUUUAGCUACGUGCUUCUUGUACCUCAGUCAGCCGUGCACCCAUUGUAAAGUCCACACUGUAACGUUUCAUGAGUCACAUUUUUAGGAAUGUGGCCAAGUACGAUCAGUGACUGCUAGUCAUCUGCCGGUCCACUUGCCCGGUACCCAGGCUGCAUAUGUUAUGUACAUGUAGUUGGUUACUAUGCAAAUCGACCAGCAGUUGAAAAGUGUAACCAGAUGCCACGUUUGUGAGGUAAUUUUUUCCAGUAAUUUUGCUCUUAGUUUGCAUUAGGAAUAAGCUGGGUUCUUUCUGUUGAGGUAUCACUCAGCUUGGCUUCCUGUUGAAAAAUGAGCAUAUUGUGGGAGAAAACAUUGAUAGUUUCUGCUGGUUUGCAUUUUGCAAACUUACCUAAAACUAGCUGCAGGAACUUGUGGCUCAUGUUGUCAGGUUCAGUCACAGAUGGUCGGUGAUCCUACUUUGGCACGUGUUUUGGACCAAACUUCCAUGCCUUGCGUAAUCAAGGCUGGGAUAUGUUACUGUCAGUGCAUCACGCAAUGCAGCUGGGAUUAUACAUGUACAUCGCACUUGUACCAAGUACACAUCCAUGGGUACAUUAAAUGUACAUGCACAACCUGGGUAGACAUUCUCAAUUGGGUCAUGCUUGCAAUUACCCAAUUGAAUCGUAGUUUACAUUUGUAUAGUGCGUAACUUUUUUAAAUGAAAGUACUUACAAAAUUAGCCGCUCGAUGUUAGUUCCGGCCGUUCUGACCUGUCGGAUUCAAGUAAUGGAAUGGUUGGGGAAAAAAGAGUUAUAGUUUAUUUGUAUUUGCAUGGGGAUUGAAGUCACACAAUUUGUGGCAAGAAUAAUCCGUUGCUUUACCUUAUCGUGGUUUGGGUGUUUCUGUGGAUAAUUUCUUGAAUUUUAUUUGGUGGCUUUUACUGUGUGCAAAUGUCAGCUUUACACUGAAAUCACUCCUGCUUGUCCUGCACAAGUUGUACACUGUACGUCAAUGUGUUGAUCGAGGUAGAUUCCACACAAUGUGCAUUAAGGUUCAAGUUGUGAACGUUGGGCAAAGGAUUUCCCGUUAUGUCCAUGGUAAGGGUUGUUCUGACAUGUUAAAGUGUUGAUAUGUCAUGUGUAAAUGUAUUCUUCAGCAGCUGAAUUUUUUUCCUAGUAACUAUGACUUUUUGACAAGGUACAUGAACGUUGUACAUUAGAGAGAGUAUUUAAACAUCGCAUCUUGCAUGGUGGUUGCCGCGUUUUGCAAGACAUCAUUUAACUUUUUAUCAUUUCUUUUUUUUUUACAAAGCCAACUUUUUUGGCAAAAGACUCAAGUAUUCCUUGAAGUGAAUUCAGACUAGCCAUGGCUGUUGAACUGGUUGAUUUUUUUGGCUGGGAGACGCAUAGGCCUUGCUCAUACAUGUAAAUGUAGAGGCCGGCUAUUCAUUUCGUGGUACCCGUCCAUGGGGGCCAUUUGACCAUUUCACCCACCUUCCUGCAAGCGCUGUGGUCAUUGUGGCCACUUUCUGUGGUGGUCAGUUAUUGGCACCACCCUCUCGUUUGGGCCGAGUAUGCACUGCUGUGGUAUCUACUAACCAUUGGAGUGUGUUCUUUUUAAGAUGAGAUGACCUUGUUGCACCCAUCAUGUGCUCUCAGUGGCCACCGGGGCACCCAUCAUGUGCCCUCAAUGACCACCUGGGCACCCGUGUGUCCUCGGUGGCCACCUGGGCACCCAUCAUGUGUCCUCAAAGGCCACAUGGCAGUUGUGUUGUAGCUUCUUGUCUAGUUUUUUCCCUUUAUCUGUUGGGGCCGCGCAUGGCAUUCUGUGAAAACCUCUUUGGGCCGUUUGUCUACCCUGGCCACUGUCUACCAUGGUCGUUUAUCGAGGCCACCUGUUCACUGAGACCACUUGUCCAUUGAGGCUACCCGUUCAGUUAGGUAGCCUGCCUAUUGUUGCUCAGAUCGGCUUGGUGGCAUGCUCUUUUUAUUAAGAACCUGCUCCAUAAUUUUAGGGCACUCGGUGCCGGAAUCGUCAUGUGUCCACAAAGGCCACCUGUCUAUUUUGGCCCUCCACCUGCCAAAACCACACAUAAAAAGGCCUUCUGUUUUGGCCAUUUGUCCAAGGCCAGUGGCCGUGGCCACAAGCAAGUUGUCGCAGCACUAGCCAGUAUGAGUAGUCACUUAGUGACCACCUUUUCCUUUGUGACAGUUUUCCCCUUGUGGCUGCUGUUCGGCGGCAAGCGCACCUUUCAGACUUGUCAUCAAAUAACACGAGACAGAUUCCACUUCAUGUGUCAACAUUCUUCUCAACUGGCAUCGGAUCUGCGGCAACGCCAAUCCAAGCAAUUAACUUUGUCGUGAAACUUUUCAAUUGUGAGCCGUGGGUAGGAUGUAUCAAUCUAGGCCGAGAGAUGAGGAAUGACACGUGAAACAGCCCCUGCCCAGAAUGAAAUAACACAGGCUCCCGGAAGGUACAUUGAGAGGGUGCUAACCUGUACCCCUCACCCCAAAAUGGGUCUCCUCAAUUAAGAAAAAUACCUGUCGAGGGGCUCUUGUUGUGGUCGGCCACAUGGGUGGGUUCCAGCUUAGAAUGGGGAACCUAUAACCCAAGUAAUUAGUAUGUUGUUCACAGAAAGCAUUUAAUUUGAGAUCAGCAUUUCCCAUCCCUAACUCUGGAGUGCUGGCAACAAGACGUUUCUUUCUUGGCAUCAUGUUGUACUGAUUUUCUGUUGAUAUUGUUGCUUUUUGUUUUUAAAAUGUAAUAAUUGUUCACCUAACUUGGUCCAAGUAUUUUUUACAAGCAUGCCAGCUACAUUGAAAUAUUUGUUGGCAAUGUGUCUACCUGUUGAUAUUGGUAACCUGCAGUAAUGUGUACAUAUUAUUAAAGAGUAGACCGUUUUAUACAUGUACAUGUAGGUAAAUAAAUGACUGUGUUUGAUACUUUUCAGAAUUCAGGUUAGUGAAUGUAUGUAUUCAUGUAGCUAGUUAUUAUUGCUAUUCAAAGUGUAGGUUUUGUGACUGAUUUCUUGUGUGCUAUUUCAAAUAUUUUUGAUGCUGAUUUAGUGUAGUAUUUGCUUAUAAAUUCAAUAUUAGUCCAACUGCUGUCUUGGUCUUUGAGUGGUAGACUAUAUGGGCAGCAUGUCAGACCAAUAUUUUGUGUCGGCGACCCUUGGUAUAGGGUCAAGCUGCUUCAACUAAUCGAGCAUGAUCACAAAACAUCCUUCAUGCCAUGUCUGCACAUAGUGCAUGCAUAGGGCCCGCGAGAGCUAAAAGCCAAGACGACUCCAGAGAUGGUUGGAAGACCGUUCCACAAGGCCAGGAUGCCAGUUUAACACACGGCACAGCAGCUCUCUUGUAAUUGGGCCCAUGUGUGUUGUUCUGAGGAGUAUCCCCCUCCCCGUAAGGAACCAACUUGGUAACACCCAGGAUGAGCCAGACGGAUUCCCCAUCAAUAACUGUCACCAGUAGACUGGAGCUACACAUAGGCCAGUGGCCUGUCAGGAUCAGAAAGAUUCUGCUCUAGUUUUUACUACACGACAUCAAAAGGUCGUUAACAAAUACGAAGUAUCAUUGAUAGUCCUGAAGAAUCUCUAUGCAUUAAGUUUGCCAGUUGCUUCCAUUAAAUAUCUUGUGUACUGCUAAAAACUUAAAUUAACCACUGAAAUGUGCAACCAGUGAAGCUUGCAUCUUUGGUGAGGAAAGUGAACAUUUACCCUUUUUUUUAUUAAUCCUAACCCCCCCCAAGGGUUGCUGGCCCUAACCUUCCCCAUUCACACAAAGUUAAACACCCAUA